UAUAAAAAAAACCAUAAAAAAAAUUGUGGUUCUAAUUUAUGCUUAUAAUAAUAUAGAAUUUAUAUAUAGAACUAUAGAUGUAGAUAAUAUAAGUUAUUUGCUAGUUAAAAUGUUUUUGUGAUCAGAGAUGGCGGUUGUGUUGAUAUUACAGACCAGCCGGCUUGAUUUUUAUGGAGGUGGUAUAGGUGGAUGAUAUAUGGAAAACUCACCUUCUAAUAACGGCUGGCAGAGAUCAGGUGAUCAUGAUCACGGUGAUCAACCGCCGUUAUUAGAAAAGAAGCAAGUUACUAUAAGUUUAAGACAAUGGUUAGACGACACAAAAAGAGUAGCUGACAAGAUUGAAUGUUCACAUAUAUUUAUGCAAAUAGUCAAAAUUGUGAGCUUAGCACAUUCCAAAGGGUUUGUUGCUCACAAUGUUAGACCAUCAUGUUUUGUUAUGUCGUCUUUGAACCAUGUUUCGUUUAUCGAAUCUCCGUCUUGCUCGGAUUCAUCAGGGUCUGAAAACUCUUGUCAAGAAUAUGGUGUAACGAAUAGUCAGACGUCUUCAUUUGUGUCGCGUAAAGUACACGAACGAGUUAUUUCUGAAUCUAGUGUUAGACAAGAGCCAGAACACGAACAAAAACAGAUAAAACAUGUGUUUCCUAUGAAACAAAUAUUGCAAAUGGAAACAGAAUGGUAUACAAGUCCAGAGGAGGCUGCAGGGGGUGAAAGUUGUUGUGCUUCUGAUGUGUAUCGAUUAGGCGUUCUGCUUUUUGAGUUAUAUUACCCUUGUAGUUCACCAGAGGAAAAGACUGCGGCCAUGUCUACGUUUAGAUAUCGUGUUUUCCCACCUCAGUUACAUUUCAUGUGGCCACAACAAGCCUUUCUGUCGAUGCGCUUGCUGCAUCCUGACCCAACGUGCAGACCUACAAUAGAUGAAGUGUUACAAAGUGAGUUUCUUAAUGAAAUUAAGGAAAAUUUAGAUGAAAGAGAAGCUGUAAUAGAGCUUGAAGAAAAGAUAGCAGAACAGGAGAUGUUGCUGGAAUUUCUUUUAUUACUGCAACAAAGAAAACAAGAAGCUGCAAAGUACCUGCACAGAAAUGUUUCAUUUCUGUCUUCUGAUUUGCAGGAAGUUUCGAAACUGCAAGCAUCUAUUAGGAGAAAAGAAAAUUCGAGUUCGGGUAAUGGAGCUUCAUUUUCGAGUAAUGUUCAUCAAAAUGAUGAGCUUGAUAGUUCAGGGUCCAGAAAACGCAUCAAAACACCUAAAGAAAACCAAGAAAGUUCUAGAUUGAUGAAAAACUUCAAGCAUUUAGAAUCAGCUUAUUUUUCGACUAGGCACAAGGCCAUCAAACCUGUUGGAAGACAACUGCCUAGAAAUAGAGCGAACCACAGUGAGUGGAUAAGUCCAUUUUUGGAGGGACUGUCCAAGUACAUGUCUUUCAGUAAAUUAAAAGUCAAAGCUGACUUAAAACAAGGUGAUAUUUUGAAUUCUUCAAACCUUGUAUGCUCAUUGAGUUUUGAUCGCGAGGGGGAGUUUUUUGCAACAGCCGGUGUAAAUAAGAAAAUUAAAGUUUUUGAAUAUGAUUCAAUCUUGAAUGAGAAUCAAGACAUACAUUUCCCUCUUGUUGAAAUCCUUGCCGGAUCAAAGCUAAGCAGUCUUUGUUGGAAUCCCUAUAUCAAAAGCCAGAUUGCUUCAAGUAACUUUGAAGGUGUUGUGCAGUUGUGGGAUGUUACACAAAAUCAAGUAUCUGUGACAAUGAGAGAGCACGAGAGACGUGUGUGGUCUGUGGAUUUUGCUGCAGAUCCAAAAUUGUUGGCCAGUGGGAGUGAUGAUGCUUCUGUCAAGCUCUGGAACAUUAAUCAGGGAGCAAGUGUUAGUACCAUUAGAACAAGGGCUAAUGUGUGUUGCGUUCAGUUUCUUUCCGAUUCUAGUAAUUAUCUUGCAUUUGGUUCUGCAGAUCAUAAAGUAUAUUACUAUGAUCUACGCAAUACGAGUAUACCCCUUUGCACAUUUGUUGGACAUGAGAAAACGGUUAGCUACAUCAAGUUCAUAGAUUCAACAACUCUUGUAUCAUCGUCCACUGAUAACACGCUGAAGCUCUGGGAUUUGUCAGGCACCACAUCUCAAGUUCUUGGCCCACUUCAGUCAUUUACUGGCCAUGUCAAUCUAAAGAAUUUUGUUGGUUUAUCUGUAUCAGAGGGCUACAUUGCUACUGGUUCAGAAACAAACGAGGUUUUUAUCUACCACAAGGCUUUCCCCAUGCCUGCAUUGUCGUAUAAAUUCAACACCAUAGAUCCAAUAUCAGGAAAUGAAGUGGAUGAUAAUGAACAGUUCAUCUCAUCCGUGUGUUGGCGUAGUCAGUCCUCCACCUUGGUAGCCGCAAAUUCAACGGGAAAUAUCAAGGUCUUGGAAAUGGAAUAGUUUUGAAUUUUUAACUCAAUUCGAGUUAACAAAUUUUGGGAUUAGAGGGGUAUGCAAAUCUUUGUGUAUAUAAAUCAGUAGAGAAAAGUAAAAACUGGUAGAAGAUCAUAUUCAUUUAAAUUUUGUAAUUUUUGAAGUCCCUUGUGCAAGUCAAAGUAUGACUUCAACCCCAAAUAACUACAUGUAAUGUUUUCCCAUAUUGCAAGGAAGAUAUGAUUGUGAUGC